UCCAGACACGGAAAAUACAAGACGCAGACCGUAUUAUUUUUAGGUUCCAAAACUUCCCAAGUCCUCCUGCUCAGCUGAGUUCAGAGUUCAGACUAUCCCGUGGCAGAAUGACGGACGGAGCGUUGCGUGUUCUCGACGGAAUGCACAUCAAAGCCGUCGAUCUCUCCCUGCCGAAGCCCGACGACGUCUUCUCUGGAGCUCAGCUACUGGACAUAGCCGAUUCUAGAGCCUCUGAUUCCCUCUUUGGUCUACCAUUACCGGAAUUAAUUAGAGCCUCUGCUCUAUUGCGUAUCAUCACCAGCGAUGUCGACACUUUCCGGUCUUCCGAGUUCACCAAGGACAAAGCCUCCCGGAUAUUCAAAGACUACAUCGCAGCGAUCGCCGAUGAACUCAAAGGUGAUCCUCUUGUUGUAUCCAUCUUGGAUGGUAACACUCUGCGGUUGCUUUUGGAGGACGAGGACGAUUUUGCCAUGUUAGCAGAAGAUAUUUUCACUGAUUUGGACGCUGAGGAUAAGGGGAAAAUCAGUAAGAGUGAAAUCCGUAACGCUCUUGUCCAGAUGGGAGCUGAGAUGGGUGUUCCUCCUUUCUCAGAGUUUCCUCAGCUAAACGACAUACUGCGAAAACAUGGAGCAGAUGGAGAAGAACAACUGGGCCAGGCACAGUUUGCACAACUUCUCCAGGCCGUUCUGCAAGAUCUAGCUGAGGAGCUUUCGCAAAAGAAUGUCAUUUUUAUUCGGAACAUAAAAAUCAUCAAUGGCUCUAAGCUAAGACAGCUGUUGACCAAUGAAAAGGAAUUAAGCAGCAUUGCAGAAAAGCUUGUGCAGGAAAAGCAGAAUUCCAAGAGCGGGUCAGGGAAUAAGGAAAUAUUAAGGAGCUUCCUUGAAAGAAAUGCGAAAGAGUUGGGUUUACCACUAUCUGAAGCGGACGAGGCAGUUGUUCUUCUUUAUGAUGAUAUUUUUGCUGAUGUAGGUAAAGAGAAACAUGAGGAAUCGGAUAAAGAUGAGUUGGUAAGGUUGUUGAAAGAAAUACUGCAGAAAUUUGCGGAGCGGCUUGAAUCCAGUCCAGUUUUUCAGGAUUUUGCUGUAUAAGGUACUCGAGUUAUUGCACAGCUCUUCAGAUUCAUUAUCGGGUGAAUUUGCUGUGCUGUACGUGAGUCAUUUAUCUGUGCAUCUAAAUACACACCCGUCCCUUCUGCUGCGAAAAUUUGCAUUAUACAGUACCUUCUAUAGUGAGUUCUGUAUUUGUGGAUUUAUGUAACAUGCACAUGAACUCCAUUUCUUUUUUCUUUUUUACCUUCGAACUCCAUAUUACAAUUAUAGAAGAACAUGCUGUUGUGAUCCGAGUUUUUUUUUUUUUUAUGGCUUUGAAAAAAGUCAAUAGGCCUGUAGAUCCAGGGCUCAUCA